AUGGGUAGGUGGAACUCAACCAGUGUGCCUGGCUUCAUCCUCAUGGGGCUGACAGACUCUGCAGAGACACACCUGCUCCUCUCCAUGCCCUUUCUCCUGAUUUACCUGAUCACGGUGCUGGGGAAUGCGGGGAUGAUACUGAUUAUUCGCCUGGAUCCCCAGCUUCACACCCCCAUGUACUUUUUUCUCACUCACUUGUCAUUUCUCGACCUCAGCUACUCAAGUGUCACCACCCCCAAAACCUUACAGAGCUUACUCACUUCCAUCAAGAGCAUCUCCUUCCUGGGCUGCUUCACCCAGAUGUACUUUUUUAUUCUCUUGGCUGCCACUGAAUGUUUCCUUCUCUCUUCUAUGGCCUACGAUCGCUAUGUAGCUAUCUGCCACCCCCUGCACUAUCCAGUCAUUAUGUCCACAAGACGGUGUCGUGCCCUGCUCACUGGCUCCUAUGUUAUUGGCUUUAUAUAUUGCACUGCAGUUGUGGUUUCCAUGAGCCAACUGCACUUCUGCAACUCUAAUGUCAUCCAGCACUUCUUCUGUGACACAUCCCCAGUGUUAGCCCUGUCCUGCAGUGACACUUCUGAGGUUGAAAUCAUUAUAUUCAUUUCUGCUGGAUCUAAUUUAGUGCUGAACCUCAUCACCACAUCUGCAUCCUAUGUGUUCAUCCUCUCCACUAUCCUGAAAAUUAAUUCAACUGCAGGAAAGAAAAAAGCCUUCUCCACCUGUGCCUCCCAUCUCCUGGGAGUCACCAUCUUCUAUGGCACUAUGAUCUUUACUUAUCUAAAACCGAAGACAUCCUACUCCUUGGGAAAGGAUCAGGUGGCUUCUGUGUUUUACACAAUUGUGAUCCCCAUGCUUAACCCUAUCAUUUACAGUCUCAGAAACAAAGAGGUGAAAAAUGCUGCUGUUAGAUUCAUGCAGAAGAUUGCAGGUUCUAGACAAGUAAAAUAA